AUGAAUUGGAACUAUGAUACGAUCAGAAAGGGCCUCAGCAGCGCGGCGCGCGUGGCGGCGACUGCUGUUGGGCGCGCCGCGGAGGUGGCCAAGGACCUGGCGGAGGACCUGACGUCCUUCAAGGCGCUCAAAGAUUACCGCCUUGCCGGCCAUGUGGCCACUGCGGGGCCCUGCGGCACCUGGCGCAUCUUCCUGGCGAUCAGCAAGAAGCCGGGCGCGGUGUUCCCGGAGGUGUGCGUGUGGAUCCUGGACAAGAGGACGCUCAUGGACCAGGCCAGCCGCGCGGGCCGCGCGCGCGCCUUCGACACAUUCUUUGAGCAGCAGCGGCGGGCGUGCGCCCAGAUGCUGCGGAUCAAGCACCCGGGGGUGGUGCGGGUGCUGGAACCAAUGGAGGAGUCAAGCGGCCAG